AUGCAGCAGCCCCCGAGCGCGCCGCCGACGGACGCGGACCCCGCGGACGUGUUCCUGAAGCGCCGGCGGACGGCUCUCUGGUGCUCCGUGUCUCUGUUCGCUCUCUCUGUUCUGGUUCUGGUGGUCGGGCUGCUGGCGGCCACGCAGACGGAUAACGUGGCCGUGUCUGGAUACUAUCCCGGGAUUAUACUGAGCUUUGGAGCGUUCCUGGGAAUCGUCGGUCUGAACCUGGUGGAGAAUCGCAGGCCGAUGCUGGUGGCCUCCAUCAUCUUCAUCAGUCUGGGUGUGGUGUCGUGUUUUCUCUGCUCCAUCAUCGACGGCAUCAUCGCGGCUGAGUUCAUCGAUAGGAGGCCGCUGAUGGAGGGCCGCUGUGAGUUUUACUCCAGCUCUUCUUACAGCUAUGACACUUACUACACUGAGGUUCACUGCCGCUCCUACGGAAAUCAGUGCAGUCUGAAGGUGAAGAGCAACACCUGCUACUGCUGUGACCUGUUCCACUGUGACAGCGUGGACUACCGCGUGCAGUACUACGAGUUCACGGGUGUGAGCAGCUGCUGGGACGUGGUGAAUCUGUACCGUCUGCUGUGGGUGUGUGUGACGCUCAACGUGCUCGGAGUGUUUCUGGGCAUCAUCAGCGCUGCGGUGCUCGGAGCCUUCAAAGACCUGUCUCCUACAGCUCGCAGUCACAUGACCCCCAGUCCGACUCCAGCCCCUCACAUCUUGUACAACCCCACCCAGCACCUGAUCACUUACACCGGCUUCUGCCCCUCCGGACAAACUCUACCCGCCUACCCUAACUACCCGCUGCCCAUGCAGCAUCUGAACGGUUACCCAGCUCCGGCAGCAGGUCAGUCCGUCCCCGAGGUCACGACCUCUCCGUCUGACGAGACUCAGGCGGCGUCUCAGAGCGGCUCGAAUCCAGUCGCACCGCCUCAAUCCUCGUCUCAGGACAACAGCGGCUACAUGCUGACUCCAAACGCUCCCUCGCUCUACGCUCACUCGUUAGGGCCCUUCGAGAAGCCUCCACCUUACGCCUGCUGAAGAACACUGACCUCUGACCCCUGUGACCCGCGAACCACCUCAGAGAGAGUCUUAUGUAAUCGUCACUUAUUCUUGUAGCAAAUGUGGUCGAUGUUGUUCUCUAGCUGUGUUUCCAGAACCUCUGAACUUUGGUGGAUCUUCAUAGUUUGAUUCAUUGAAUCAUAUAAAGCUGAAACAGACUCAUCCUCAGCUUCAGCUCACAGAUCUCUGUCCUCUUCAGUCUUCUGCGGUCAGAUCUAAUACUCAUCAGGAGCUGGAUUCACAAAACAGACGAAAUCUCGAAAUGUUGAAGUUUUUUGUUGCAUCAUUGUGAAAAAUAACGUUUCGCACAUUUAUUUUUAGGAGUGAAUGUUCUCAUUAUAAUUGAUGUUCUUGGUUAUUGUCCUUAAAAAUCAUUGUGAUAACUGUCAGCUUGUCAUAAAUGAUUAAUAAAUGUGUUUGGGUAUUAAAAAUAACACUAACUACACAUUCAAAACUGCCAGAUUUUACUUUAUGGUUAACAGAACUCUUACAUUUGUUCCAAAAAGUCAUGAGAAAUACGUUAAACCGAUGCACGCCUGUCAGCUUAUGCUGAAGAAAAAUGUUUUAACCCUUUCAUGCUCAGGCAUUAGAGGAUUUUGAACAUUUUAAUAAGUAACCAGUUUAGAUUAAAGGUUUUAAAAAAAGCCACAGAGCACAUAACAGAAAGACUCAUGAAUUUCUUGAUUAAACUCUAAAUUAUUUAUCUGCUAUUUAUUAUUUUUCUACUUAUUAAUUUGCUCCCUGGUACAUUUACUAAAUGCUUAAAACUACAAUAAACAAACACCCAAUGAACCAUAUUUCCAUGCGUUUUCAAUGUUUGUGUUGUUCAGCGUCUUCUGUAUAUUUAAAGUGUUUACUGCACAAGAUCGUCAUUUUUCACUCAAUAAAAUUCAAAAUAAUUUCAUUAUUUUGAAGUAAUUUUACUUUCAAUAAAAUCCUCAACAAAAAUAUUUUCACAAUAGAAAUGGUUCUAUUUUUUAACGAGAAACUAUAAAUGAUUAAGGAGUGAGUUCAGAAGGCUUCGGAGAGACGUUUAAAAUAAGCAGAUUUGACUUCACAUACACUUAUCUGUGUUCAUUUCCAGCAUGUUAAUCUGGAUGAAGACACAUUUAAAAAGUCCUGCUUGAUUUUAUUGCCAUAUUAAAGUUUUUACAGAGAGGUGUAUCGCUUCGGAAAUCAGAGAAUGCUGUGAACAGAGAGAGGAAAACUUCAGAAUAAAGAGAGGAAAACACGUACAGAUUGAAAUCUAAAUGUAUGUUAAAC